AUGUACGCUCAAGCUGGAUGGCAUCGACGCGGUCCGGCGGGAGGCGGCGUUCGGCGCCCAGCAGUAACUUCAGCUGCUCGUGUCACGUGCAACUCGUCUAGGGCGUCCUCAGCUACAGCACAGCAACGUAUGGCACCUGGAGGGGCUCUCCGGGCUUCAAACCAGGCGUCAGAGCGAGGUGCCAAUGCUCGGAAAAGCGGUUCGACCGAGCCAGAGGCCGCUCCGUCGCGAUGGAGGGAAAUGCGGCAGUCGGUGCGCACGAAAGCGACCCUGGAGACGGAGGAGAGCCGCCCCGUUAAUGCAAAAAUCGCAGAUCUGUGCCCCGAAGACCGGGAGAAAGUGGCCAAGCUGGUGCGACGUAUAGUUGAGGUGAGACCUUUAGCCCUGUCAAUUGAGAGCAGCUCUAGUGUAAAUUAUAGUGUCGGGACUCUGCACGAGGAAGGAGAGAAAGAGUUUAAUAGGCAGCGAGAGGUGCUGGAGGCGGAGGUGAAGGAGCUGCGAGAGCAGGUGAGACGAGAUGCGGAAGAGAUCCAAGAGCUGACGGCUGAGCUGCGGUCUACCAGGAGGAAGGCGCAGCUGUUUGAAGAGCGGGUAGUGGUGCUGGAGGAGAGCACCAAUGCCGAGACCCGAUCGAGGCUGGAGGCUGAGCAGACGCUGGACCUACUGAAGCUGGAGGUGGACAAGCUGCGAGCGCUCGUGCAGCGACAGCAGGAGGAGAUGCGACAAAAGACGCAGGAGCAGCAGGAGCAGUUUGAUGCCGAACUGCUGCAGAUGAAGGAGGAGCUGAAGGAAGCGCAGGAGCUGCUGCUGAAGGAACGCAACGAGCGGAUUCUGGAGAAGCAAACGGCUCUGGAUCAGCGACUUGAGCGCUCCGCGACGGCAGGUGAAGAAAAGCUGGAGCGACUGCACUCGCUGCUUCUUGAACAACAGCAGGAAAUGCAUUUGAAGGUGAAACAGCAGCAGGAGGAAAUGCAGCGUAAGGCCGAGGUGCAAAAGGAACGAUAUAAGGCAGAGAUGAACCAGCUUAAAGAAGACCUCAAAGCAGCGCAAGAACGGCUCCAACAAGAACGAAGAGACCGCGAGAUUGAGAGGGAAACUAAACAAACUGCAGUCAGUGAGCGGCCCGUCGAACCAGCCCCAGUGGUGCAUGCUGCAGAUCGAGACAGCGACGUUCCUGUUCCAGACCCGCUGAUGUUUGCUUCGAGCGACCGUAUGCCGGACCAGUUGUCAACAGAUAUGGAGGGCGACCUCGCCAUUUUUGAGGAGGUGAAGGAUCUGUACGCUGAAGACUUGUUCGCGUCUCGUCGCUGGGGCGAAGGGAUCCCUGCAGCAAGUGCAGCUGCUGCAGUCCGGCCAACAGGCAUGGAACCUGCACCUUGGCAUUUCAGCAGUGCCGACUUCACUCCACCAGAUAACGGCAGAAUACCUCUUGGCCCUGCCUUAUCGACGCAGGAGCUGACCGUACAAGAAGCCAUCGAGAGGGACAUGGAGGCCUUGCUACGCAGCGAGGCACUGCGUACACUGGGCACCCUUCAGUAA